AAAAAUCCUUCUCUUUAAAGGGCAGACAUGAAAAUCAUCUCAGGUACUGAAGACUUUAUCGCUUAUCCAAACCAAACCAGAUUCCGUGUAAUCUCUCUCUCUCUCUCUCUCUCUCUCUCUCUCUGUAUGUAUAUGUAGGAGUAUAUAAAUAUAUACACACACACCCUAUAAUAUAUCAUAUCUGUAUCGAUAUGUAUAUCUUCCUGGGUUGAAUUUCAUCAACGCCUCAACCACCGCCACAAGAAAUGAUGACGCAAUCGCCUCCAUCUCGUUGCGUUCCCACGAUCCCCCCGAUUCGCGCCUGAGAUCCGCCACCACCUGCAUGUGCCGCCGCCGUGACGAUCGUUGCAGGAAAACCUUCUCCUGUACUUUUGAUGAAACUAGGGCUGUCGAGCUGUGCCGCUGGAUGCAUGUUAUCGUUAGGGCCGAGAUAGAUGCCUUGGGGAGGGGAUCUGGGGUUUUCGUCGUACCUGGUCCUGCUGGGGCUCUUCGUGGGCCCGUUGAUCGCCUUCGUUCUCCGCCGGAAAUGGCGGCGCUCGGUGGCUAGGAGGGAGGAGAUCAGGAGGCUCCUGGUCUUCGCCUCGGAGGAGGCGGCUAGGGCAGAGCUCGAGGCCUCCUCCGCGUAUGUCACCUCUGCCGCAGCUGCUACCGCCGUCGCAUCGGAGAUUUCCCGGUCAGUGCAGUACCAGUGCGCCGUGUGUUAUUGCCCCACCACGACUCGAUGCGCUCGGUGCAAAUCCGUUCGAUACUGCUCUGGUAAGUGUCAAAUUAUUCAUUGGAGACAAGGGCACAAGGAAGAAUGCCGUCCUUUUACCAUUUCUUACCACAUCAAUGACACAGGAGGGGGCUCCAGUCAAAAGGUGUUGAAGCAGGAAGAGGAUGAGAUAUACGGCGGCCGCUUUGUGACCAAUGGGAGGCAGUUCGCUGAGUCAGUUGAAAACUUCCCUGCAGAACAUGCAUGCUUCAAACCAAACGGCUCUCCUAAAGUUUUCAAUGGGAAUGAUGAUAGUGAUGAGUGCCUUUCAGAUGGGGAAAGGACAACUUCCAGUUCAACUGAAACUGAGAGAUCAGAGGCACAUCUAUCCCCUAAUAUUUCCCCCCAUAAGCCUGAAACAUUUUCUGUUAACAAAAUGGAUCAAAACGGGCCACCAUCUUCAAAACUCAACACUUCAAUGGCUUAUGUGGAUUGUCUUACUAGUCCAGGUAACUUGAAUCAGCUGAAACCCAAUGGCACUCAUCACAGUAUUCAGCAUGGUUCAACAAGCUCAUCGGGUUGGAGUGCAGAUGGCACCAACGAAUCUUCAUUUUCUGAGCCUUCUACCCCCUCUUCUGGUUUCUGGGAAGGAACUCUAACUUCCGGUAGGCCCAAAAUUGAUACCCUUGAUGAUUCUAUUCAGUCCAGUUCCAAUGGGGAUGGUAAUGGCUAUAUGAACAAUUCUCGGUCUUGUCGUAGUUUUUCCUUCAACUCUGACAGUCAUCCCGCUCCUCCUACAGAUGUACGACAUACUGAUGCCACUAGAUUUGCAUCAGAUGGUGCUCCUUCAACUACUUUGGGCAUCAAGAAACCUAUUGACGGGGCUACUCUAUCAAAAGAAGUACGUGGCGAUGCUCCAAAGGGCAGAAACUCACCAUUAUUGGUCCCUGAAAAACUUAAUCGUCUGGAUGUUGACACUAGAAGUGAUCGACCUGUAUCUAAAUCCAGAGACCCUAGAGACACAACUUUCAUGAGUAUGCAUCCUCCAAAUGUCAGCAGUAUCCGGUCCUUGAGUCUUGAGAGGUCAAAUCACAUGAUUAAUGGAAUGAAAACUAGUCUGCAUCCAUUGGAAUCUAAAGAAGGUGGAUUCUUAUCACCAACUGCUUCUGUUACUCAUAUUCUUCCGUCUAGUACCAGAAGGUCACUUCAGGGUGCUGUUGCUGCUAGUUCUUCUGAGGUUGGAAGCUUUUCACCAAAUGCUAGAAAUGGCUUGACAACAUCAAUGCGGAAAGUUGUUGACCAGCUCCGAGGCUCUAAAUCCUCACAAGAGCAUCAGUCGGUGGUUGGGAGUGAGAGUGUUGGAAGAUACAAUGCCAAGGGUCUGUUUCCUUAUGAUCAUUUUGUCAAGCUCUACAAUUGGAACAAGAUUGAACUCCGGCCAUGUGGCCUUACAAAUACUGGGAACAGCUGUUAUGCUAAUGCGGUGCUCCAGUGCUUGGCAUGUACCCCACCUCUCACUGCUUAUCUUGUUCAAGGGCUUCAUUCCAAAUCAUGUGGAAGGAAACAAUGGUGCUUCACCUGUGAAUUUGAGAGUUUAAUUAUGAAGGCAAAGGAAGGGAGUACUCCACUCUCUCCAAUUGGGAUACUAUCCCAGAUUCAGAACAUUGGUCGUCACUUCAGUAAUGGGAGAGAAGAAGAUGCGCAUGAAUUUCUGAGGUAUGCUAUUGAUACGAUGCAAUCUGUUUGCCUCAAGGAAGCUGGAGUACAUGCAUCAGGAUCUUUAGAAGAAGAAACAACUCUCAUAGGCCUUACAUUUGGGGGCUAUCUUCGAUCAAAGAUAAAGUGCAUGAAGUGUGGAGGCAAAUCCGAGCGGCAUGAAAGGAUGAUGGAUCUUACAGUUGAAGUAGAAGGGGACAUAGGAACUCUUGAAGCAGCCCUUCGACGAUUUACCGGCACUGAGAUUCUGGAUGGUGAAAACAAGUACCACUGCAGCAGAUGCAGGUCCUAUGAGAGAGCUAAAAAGAAGUUGACAAUACUGGAGGCUCCUAAUAUCCUUACUAUAGCACUAAAGCGUUUUCAGUCAGGAAAAUUUGGAAAGCUUAAUAAGGAGAUCAAGUUUCCGGAGAUUCUGAACCUGGCCCCAUGUGUGAGCGGGACAAGUGACAAAUCACCUAUAUACAGGCUGUAUGGGGUGGUGGUUCACUUGGAUGUCAUGAAUUCCGCAUUUUCUGGUCACUAUGUGUGUUAUGUCAAGACUAUCCAGAACAAAUGGUUCAAGAUUGACGACAGCACAGUCAAGGCUGUGGAUCUCGAAAGUGUCUUAACAAAAGGGGCAUACAUGCUUCUAUAUGCUAGGUGCUCUCCUCGUGCCCCGAGAUUGAUAAAGAAUUCAGUAAUACCAAAGAACCAUGCAUUCAAGUCAAGAUCCCACCCCUCAAGUCCUUGGAAUCCCCCUGGACCCAAUCCUCUAAAUGAUGAGACUUUUACCGAGAACUUAUACCCUAAUUGCAUGAGUAAGCCUCCAAUCCAGACAAUUUUGGAAGAGGACUCAUCAAGCGACAACUCAUCCUCUAUCUUCUCGGAGGGAUGUUCCUUCAGUAGUGAUUCCACCAAAUGGGACUCUACUAGCACUGAUAAUGAUUACUUUGAGUCCUUUUUUGGCGAUUUGGGACGCAGCUUAAGUAGCCCGUGGCGGAACUUGUCAGAUUCUGAUUCUUCCUCUUCGUCUUCCUCUCCCUCCCCUUUGUACUCAAGGCUUUCACAGAAUGUGGAAUCGGGUACGGAUGAUCGAGGCUUUUGGGGAAGAAGAUUACCAAGUGUGAGAAGCAAUUGGGAAGGUAAAUCUAGUGAACCCUUUUUGUUUUCUGAUGACCAAAGUAAACAGUGUAGGAAAAGUAGUAGUUAUAGGGAGACUAAUUCAGGCAGAUUAGGAUCCUCUAACCCUUCUUUUAGAAGAUCAACGAGGGAAAGAACAGAAUGAGCCUUUUAUUAGAAAGUUUUUUUUUUUUUUGAAGCUAGAGAUGGGGGAAAAUAAGAGUUGGGGAGGAGGGGUUAGGGAGAGGCUGUAUAUGUUAUAGUAGUACUCUUGCUUUGGGGCUCUGUCUUUGGGAAUCAGCCAUCAUUUUGUCACUCUCCUCCCCUUUAUAUGUAUAGUUUAUAUAUAAGAUGCAAUUAUUCCAAAUUUGUACAGAGGGAUGGGACCUUCAAAUAGAUGACCUUUCUAAUUAUCGACAUUAAUCUUUAGAUUUAUUCCUUGGCA